AUCAUCUUUACAAUGCUUUUCCUAACACAUUUCAUGGCUUGCACAUCCUCACCAGUCAUAAUUUUGGAAUUUCAUGGUUUUUGGAGAAAGAACUUGCAGAAAUAUAAUCCAUGUGCACAGUGCUUUGCAUUGCUGUGUCUGUUGUGCUGAGCUCUCCCCUGUGGCUGCUUUUUGGGGGCAAAUCCUGAGCUACUCUAAAUGGGUUUAUUUAUUAGAAUUGUUGCAAAGCUCAGAGUUGUUUUUUGGGGUGUUUUUUGUUGUUGUUGUUGUUCUUUUGGUUUGUUUUUUUUUGUUAUUUUUUCUUUUCUAGAAGGAAUUUUGGAAGAGCUUCCUUACAACCUCCAGAUGGACUCCCACAAUUUCCAGCACAUUCUGACCUGGCAGGCAAAACAUAACCCAGCUGUGCCAGCAUCCUACAACGUGCUGUACAAACACCACAGGAGCCAGAGCUGGAUGAGUGCUCAGCAGUGUGCAGGCACUGCCCAGCUCUCCUGUGAGCUGACAGAGGAUUUCAGGAACAUUUCCAGUGAAUAUUCUGCAUUUGUUCAGAGCGUUGGAGGAGCUCAGGUGCUCAAUUCUUCUGUGCUGCGUUUUGCACCACUCAGUCAGACAAUUCUAGGACCACCAGAAGUGAAUAUCACUUCCUGUCCAAACUGCAUCAAUGUCACCAUAAAGCUGCCAACCUCUCACUUCAGACACAAGGGAAAGCUGCAGUCUUUGAUUGACAUCUAUGAAGAGCUGGAUUAUGUCAUCACACUGAAAUCACAGGAUGGGGAGCAUAAGAGGUCACGGCAGAGAACCACUGAAGAAAUGUUCAGUACUGUCAUUGGAGAAUUGUAUCCCAGCAGGAAUUACUGUGUGUCCGUGGCCAUCACUGCAUCCCUGAACAAACAUUCCGUGCCCUCCCCCUGGAAAUGUGUCACUACAGCCUCAGAGGCUCAGAGACAAGAUUACCGUGAAGUUGCAGUGGCAGGUGCUGUUUGUGUUGCUCUGGUAAUUGCAGCAGUCCUGAAGUGUUUACAUGCAGCAGGUUUUAUUUUCCCGAAGAUUCCCCUUCCUCAGACCUUGGCAUGCAUCAGGAAGUUGGCUUAUUCAACUUGGGUGUCUGAGCCAGAAAGCCUGGCCUCCCUGGAGAUCAUCCCCAGAGAGGUGAAAAGCAAGGCCAGGGGCUGCACAGGCAGUGCCAGCGAUGACGGCGACAGCAGCGACAGCGACAGCAGCGACAGCGACAGCAGCGCCCUGUGUGACCACGACUACACGAGGCGAGCGGGGCCGGGCGGGGGCCGCGCCCCCCGGGGCUGUGCCACCCCCAGCGCCCUGGUGCCCUACUCGGUGAACAGCAGCAGCCAGGCUGGGGACACGCCAGCUGCCGAGCCACAGCAGUGCCAGGGACACGAGUGCCAGGGACACGGGGAGGACCCUGAAGAGGACGCAGACACGAGGAGUGAGUUGCUGAGCCCGCUCUCCGAGGGCAGCAGUGAGUGCUUCACCAUCGGCUUGCACACCGUGCUGCUGGGAGCCCUGGAGCAGGACGGGCACGGCUCUGCAGCUGCUGCCCCAGGCCGGGAGGAUGCAGGUGGCUGGCACUGCGAUCCUGCUCUGCAGGCAAAGCUGCUGGAGGACACGGGAAGUGAGCAGGAAGCACCUUGUUCUAAUGACUUCCAUGAGUGGCAAAACUCUUCCUCUUCUUCUGAGGAAAGCGAUUCCUUGGACUCGGACACAGAGCCUUUAACGGGGUACAUGAGGAGAUGAAGGGAGAACUGCUUACUUAUAACAGUAAUCAGUAUUGUCCACUUUUAUUUCUGCACUGAACGCACA